AUGGAGGAAACUGUGAUGGAGGAACCUAUCUGUGAAGAAGCCAUAUUGGCUGAAGAAAUCCUAGGUAGGGUCAAGGGGAUUUGUAAACAAUAGGCUAAUGGUUCUGCUUAACUGCUUCAUUCAGAAAUGUGGAAUGGUAACAAACAGUGUGUUGAGGAUUGAGUUGUCAUUUUGGGUAACGGAGCAGUGUUUGGUAGGAAGAGCGUCUGCAGUAACAUAGGGCUAUUACAAAAGGUAGUAGACAGAGCAACCUUGGCCAGCAACCUAUUCUAAAUGGGUAGCUAUUUAAAAGCACAAAAUAUUUAUAAAAGUGCUAAAGGUUAAAAGGACUAAAGAAUAUAGAACAUGGUGACUUGUCAAGGCACGGGUACUGUUGCAAAAGUAGGCUAGGGUGUUGUUCGUCACUUAGGCUAGUGUAUUUCUGUAUAUUGCUUGGAACUGUAGUGUUACCUCGUAUACAGCAAUGCUUUUGAACUUGUACAGUUACAGUAGGGUAGCUGUGUGUUCGUUCCAAACCUGUGUCUUUGGAGCCUUUAGUAGUUGAAUAACCACCUGUUCACACUUUCGAUCUUCCUCGCUCUAGUUCUCCCUACCCUUCUGUCGGGUCAUGUUGUCACCAUCACUCUCUCGCUCUAUUCGUGGUUUUAUCUUAUCAAUUUACAGUAUGAAUACUGUCCCUAUUCAUGUUGUGGAUACACAUUUAUUUCUUUACACAUCCAGAACAAGAGCCUAUGUUGAGUUAUACCAUCAGACAUCUCCUCUCUGCGAACCUAUCGAGUUUCCUCGUGUGAAUAGCCUAUGUCACUAGGAAGUAUGCCAACUUGAGACUACUCCUCUACUGUUAGUUGGAAUACCCCUCCUAGGGUCUCACUGAAAACAUGUCUAGGUAAUGGGGGGGGGGGGAGAGAACCAGAUCUCUCUUGGUUUUUCAUAUACCUUGUUCCUCAUAUAGAUAUAGGUUAGUUAACCAAUAUCACGUUUCAUACUGGGACGUCUUGCAUUUCAAAGGCACAACAACUUUUGGCCUACUUGUCAUAGUAAAGCUUGUCUUGCGUGGUCCUACUAUGGGAGACCUUUAGUUGAGCCUGUCGGACUAGUCAGGGGCUGGGGCAUUUAAGUCUUCUGCCUGCCUCUGUCAUUCAGUAAUCUGAUCCAGGCAGGGUUAUUUUCUAACCGGACUUCAGCAUUCCCCUCAGUCCUCCUCUACUCAGAUCUGCUCACACUAACUCAUAGCUUCUGAGGAAGGCCACUGGGAAAAGAAUGGCUCACGUUUCUUUCAGUCCUGUCAAUCACAAUGACUGAAAAAUGUCCAGUAAAAAUUAUAUUACAAUUUUACACAUUUAGCAGAUGCUCUUAUCAAGAACGACUUACACUGGUGCAUUAAUCUUAAAAUAUCUAGGUGAGACAACAACAUAUCACAGUCGUAGCAAGUACAUCUUCCAAAAUGACUGCGAUAUGUCCCAGUACCCUAUGCCCCAGUCAGAAUAAUUGACAUAUGCUCAUUGCGUCCUUUCUUUUCCAGAGGUGAAGCCCGCAGCAGUGGUGAAUAAGAAUGGUGUGAAAGCGGAGGCUGCUGCAGCUAGUGGGGGUGGUGGUGCUGCUAGUGGGGGUAGUGGUGGUGCUGGUGGUGGUUUUAGCGGCACUAAGAUCUUCACCUGGUUCAUGGUUCUGGCUCUCCUGGGGGUGUGGAGCUCCGUGGCUGUGGUGUGGUUGGACCUGGUGGACUACGACAACGUCAUCGGUGAGUCACCUGAGCUCCCCUCAUUCUUAUGAUAAACAGUAAUGCUUUAUUUUACAGCCCGGUUUAAGCUGGUACCUGGUAUUUACAUGUUACUAAGAAGGCACAAUGUGGUAACAAUAAUUACCUCAAUGAAUUCAGCACAAUUGGUAACUACCUGGUAUGUCAAUGAAUCCCAAAGAAACCAAAGUGUAAUUACCAUGCUAUUAUUAUUUUAUUAGGUUACUAUUUUAACAAGUAACUACUGUAUCGGCAAGCUGUAAGUAAACCGUUAUCUGAUAAACUAUUGCCUCUUUUUAUCUCUUUCAAGAUAAGAAUGCACAACGUUACAAAAUGUUUGUAUUGCAAUAUAUUGUGUAGAGCAGGUAAUGGUUUUCUAUCAUGUAGAAUAUAGGGCAUUGGGUGUUAGUAUGCUACAUGUUUAGCCUAAAUUGAGUAUAGCCCCCUACUCCAGUAUUUCCCAACUCCAGUCCUCCAGUACCCCCAACAGCACAUGUUUAUGUUGUAGCCCUGGACAAACUCACCUGAUUCAACUUGCCAACUUAUCAUCAAGCCCUGGAUGAGUUGAAUCAGGUGAGUUUGUCUGGGGUUACAACAGAAAUGUGUGCAGUUGGGGGCAGUGGCGGCUCCUGAAAAAAUUCUCAGGGGGGGCAAUUUUUCUGAUGAUUUAGGUGACCUACACACAUUUAAAAAAAGAUAUGUCCAGCAACAACAUGAAGACAGGGGCAGCAUAUAAGUCAAUACUGAUAUACACAUUACUUGCUUCAAAAAGGCCUCAUGGUUGAAUUGGAAAUAUGUGCACCUGAGCAUAAUUCACAACAAGCAAGCAGGAGCUUUUGAUAGAGGCUACUGAAAACAUUGAUGCAAGUUAUUGGUAAUAAGAAAUUUUUAUAGACUUCCAUAUUCUUCCCUCUUGUAUAGAUUUGUGAAAAUGAACAGUGAUAGACAUUUUGCUUGAAAACAGAAGUUGAAAAUAAUUUCUAGAAAAGGUAAACACAGCUAUCUGUAUGGCUUUGUAAAAAUGAACAACCAUAUUCUGGCCAAUUGUAUAGAUUUGUAAAUAUGAUGAUGUCUCCUUUCAUGCAUACAUUUUCAAAUAAAGCUCUGCUUUGAGAAAGAUCGAAUGAUAUUGUUUAAUCUUACCUUAUGGCCUGCACACUCCUUGUGAAGCUGUCGAGGGCACGUUUGAUGAAGACAGCAUCGAUGUCCUUCUUCUGUAGCUUCUGGUACAGAAUGUCGACGUGGGGCAUGAUUUUGUGAAAAAGCCCCAGGAAAAAAAUAAAAUCUUCUUGCUAUCUAUGUACCUCAGCACAAGCACCAGCUGUGUCUGUGUAGAAACGUCCGUGGUCUCGUCAGCUUGGAUAGCUACGAAGUUCGCCGACUUCACCUCCUCCACAAUAUGUUCCCUCAUGACCGCUAGCAUACACUCCAGUAGCUCGUUUUGAAUGGUCUUUGAUGUGCCCUUGAAAACUUUAGCAUUUUUAAGAUGGUCAUCAAACACCUCAUCUAAUUGUGCCACAAAGUUGACAAGUCCAAGAAAAAUACCAGGGUUGGUGGAGCCCUCCGUUUCAUCUUUGCCUCGCAAAGCUAACUCAAACACUCCGCAAAACUUCACACACUGGAUUAGCCGGCUGAGGAUGUGGCGGUUCUUGCUAACCUCAUCGUUGUGGCGGCGGACAGCUAGCCUGUAUCCCUCAUCCAGUUGAGUGGCAAUGUUCACUCUCCCCAAAGCAGACAAUCUCAAACAGCUAUCCAUGUGGGUCUUUGACAGCCCAAUUUUUGGAAAAUCCUCGGGUGUAGGACUUUCCCCCUUUAGUAGAAACCUGUUGAAUUAUUAAAUAUGGUCUGGGAGGUCCUAAUUGUUUCGUUGCCAAUUUAUCUUGAUUUGUUCGCCGACAAAAACGAACUUCUUUCAAAGAGACAAUCGAGUUGCACUGAACGCUAGCCAUCUUGAUUGACGCUGCUACCCGCUCUUUUCUUAGUUAUGUUACGUAUGACGAAAGCGCGUAAGUGCAAGCCCUCCCGGAACCCAUAGAGAUUGUAUUAAAAGCUCUGAUAUUUGAAAAAAAAAAGAUUUUACAUGAGAGGCUAUGAGACACUUCUGGGCGAUUUUCAACCUGACUGAAAUCGCCCCAAAACGGGCGGGGCCAUUUGAAGCACGACUUUAGCCUGAUUGGACAUUUAGUGGCAGAUCAGACGUCUAGAUUAGAACACUAAUAACUACUGUUGCCGUGAUAUAAUUGAUUAGAAAAAAAAUCCCUUCCUUUUCCCGUUUGGCAGUGCGUCGCCCAUAUCGCCCUAAUGAACACACCGCCCCUGGUUGGGGGUACUGGAGGACUGGAGUUGGUAAACACUGGUCUAGAUUAUGUUCUGACCUCAGCUUACUGUAGAUGCGUAGGAACAGCACUUCAUGCCUUCUCUGACUCAAACAGGAACCGAAAUGUUGUAUGUGGUUUGGACAGGAACACAUCUCAGACAGGAAGCCAUGACCUACUUGUCAAACUUUUCAAGAAGAUAAUUAAUUGGAAAGAUGAAUUUGUACUGAUAUUAGUAAGAGGUUUUGUAAAAAAUUAUAAUUUAGUAACCAAUUUAAUGUGUAGCGUGAAGUAGGCCCAAUACUGUCGCUGUUUAAUGAACUUUUGAUCUUGAUGAUACCCCUAAAAACAAAAUACUCCUGUGUGUCUUAAUCUUGCAUGCAGCGAGAGCAAAGGAAUUCCGUUUUAACUUUUCAGAGGUUUUACAAGGUAUUUAUGGUCUUUGCUUGCAUGCAUCACCAAACAAUUCAAACCCAUCUGUCAUACUUCACAAAAAUAUCUUCAAUUCUAUCUGUUAUUAGUUUUGAAUAGUUUACAUUAUAAUAUGCCUCAAAAUAAUGAUUUAACAAUAUGCAGUAACAACAUAUUUGUCUUGGCUUGCCGAUGUUGCAUACUGUAAAUCCACCUUUGACUCAUACUGAAAGUUCUUAGUUCUCAUGUCUGAUUUUGAAGAAGCAAAUUCUUUGAAUUGAAGGUAUAGCAUUAUUUCAUCAAGGCCCUGCGACAGACUAGUGUCCUAUCCAGGGGGUGUACUUGUACAUCAAGCUGCCUCACGCUACAGAAACGUGAGCCUAUGGGUCGCUUCGGCUCGGACAAGGCUUACUUACUUAGGCUUACUUAUAGCUUAAUUUCCCUAUCCCCUCACCUCCCAACCUUUUGACCAGCAAAUUCACUUAAUUUCCCAAACAGUUUGAGUUUUACUGUGAUUAUGAACUCCCUGAUUAAUCAAAGGAUCAGUUCUCCAUACUGAAUGAAUCUGACCAGUCACCAUACGCACAGUGUGACCUCACUCAGGCAGUGUGUGUAACUACAGGAAGUCAGUCUGUGGUACAGCUAUGUCUGCAGUCUGCAGUCAGUCGAGUGGCUGCUGCUACGUCUGCUGUAUGUCUAUACUGCUGCAGUUCAGCAGAAUCACCUUGACCACAAUCCCCCACAUCCCCCUCAGAAAUGUAGAAAUAAUUCAGAGCUGAGACAUAGGCUGUAAAUAUGAUACGGUUCCACUUUGAACACCAUAAUAUGACUUCAUUGGCAAGUAGUGAUGUAAAACUAAAACCCGGAGAAUCACAUUAAAGAAAGCAAAUUAUCUGUUAACUGUUUCUAAUUAUAGAGGAUGUGAAUGUCCUGUAUUGUAUGUCGUGUCGUCGUACCCCCCCCCCCAAAUGAUUUUGAUGGAUAGGCCAACAUUAGGCUUAUUUGUGGAAAGGACUGUACUCUGAAUGUUUUUUAUGACGACCUUAACUAUGACCUUUUCGCAGGUAAACUUUCAGCGUAUGAUGCAGAUGGCGACGGUGACUUCGAUGUGGAGGACGCCAAAGUACUACUCGGCAAGUGCAUUUUUAAUAAUUACCUUUUUGUGACCUCUACAGUAAAGGUUACUUGUGCAUGACUGACUUGGUUUUCUUUAGUUUGAGUACCAGUGCCAUAAACUAAACAGCUUACUUAGAUGGGAAAAACUAAAGUUUGUGGCUUUAAAACCAGACAUUUUUGUUGAAGCUGUUACUGAAUCUUCACAUAAAAAAAUUGUUCAAUUUAAGAACUCCUGGACACAGUUGUUCAGAAGUAAAUAUUUUGUUUAGUGUGCAGCUCAAAAGAGCUUGAAGUCCUCUGGAAGCCUCUUCACAGCGUUAUUUAACUCCUACAACAGCUACAACAACACUCUACAUUUCUGUGUGAGAUUUAGCUCAAAACCAACAAACCAUAUUGCUUAUGGUUGUAAUAUUGGCCACCUGCCGCGUGUACAGUGCCUUCGGAAAGUAUUCAGACCCGUUGACUUUUUCCACAUUUUGUUAGGUUACAGCCUUAUUAAAAAAUGUAUUAAAUUGUUUUUUCCCCUCAUCAAUCUACACACAAUACCCCUAAAUGACAACGCAAAAACAGGUUUUAUAAAAAUGUUGCACAAAAAAAAUAAACUACGGAAAUAUUGCAUUUACAUAAGUAUUCAGACCCUUUACUCAGUACUUUGUUGAAGCACCUUUGGCAGCGAUUACAGCCUUGAGUCUUCUUGGGUAUGACACUACAAGCUUGGCACACCUGUAUUUGGGGAGUUUCUCCCAUUCUCUGCAGAUCCUCUCAAGCUCUGUCAGGUUGGAUGGGGAGCAUUGCUGCACAGCUAUUUUCAGGUCUCUCCAGAGAUGUUCGAUCGGGUUCAAGUCCGGGCUCUGGCUGGGCCACUCAAGGACAUUCAGAGACUUGUCCCGAAGCCACUACUGCGUUGUCUUGGCUGUGUGCUUAGGGUCGGGUCCUGUUGGAAGGUGAACCUUAGCCCCAGUCUGAGGUCCUGAGUGCUCUGGAGCAGGUUUUCAUCAAGGAUCUCUCUGUACUUUGCUCCGUUCAUCUUUGCCUCGAUCCUGACUAGUCUCCUAGUCCCUGUCGCUGAAAAACAUCCCCACAGCAUGAUGCUGCCACCACCAUGCUUCACCGUAGUGAUGGUGCCAGGUUUCCUCCAGACGUGACGCUUGGCAUUCAGGCCAAAGAGUUCAAUCUUGGUUUCAUCAGACCAGAGAAUCUUGUUUCUUAUGGUCUGAGAGUCCUUUAGGUGCCUUUUGCAAACUGCAAGUGAGCUGUCAUGUGCCUUUUACUGAGGAGUGGCUUCUGUCUGGCCACUCUGCCAUAAAGGCAUGAUUGGUGGAGUGCUGCUGAGAUGGUUGUCCUUCUGGAAGGUUCUCCCAUCUCCACAGAGGAGCUCUGUAAGAGUGACCAUCAGGUUCUUGGUCACCUCCCUGACUAAGGCCCUUCUCUCCCGAUUGCUCAGUUUGGCCGGGCGGCCAGCUCUAGGAAGAGUCUUGGUGGUUCCAAACUUCUUCCAUUUAAGAAUGUUGGAGGCCACUGUGUUCUUGGGGACCUUCAAUGAUGCAGAAAUGUUUUGGUACCCUUCCCCAGAUCUGUGCCUCGACACAAUCCUGUCUCGGAGCUCUGCGGACAAUUCCUUCGACCUUAUGGCUUGGUUUUUGCUCCGACAUGCACUGUCAACUGUGGGACCUUAUAUAGACAGGUGUGCCUUUUUACAAAUCAUGUAAAAUCAAUAGAAUUUACCACAGGUGGACUCCAAUCAAGUUGUAGAAACAUCUCAAGGAUGACCAAUGGAAACAGGAUGCACCUGAGCUCAAUUUCGAGUGUCAUACUUAUGUAAAUAAGGUAUUUCUAAAAACCUGUUUUCGCUUUGUCAUUAUGGGGUAUUGUGUGUAGAUUGCUGAGGAUUUAUUUUUAUUUAAUCCAUUUUAGAAUAAGGCUGUAACGUAACAAAAUGUGUAAAAAGUCAAGGGGUCUGAAUACUUUUUGAAGGCACUGUAUCUACAAUACUGGCUCAUCACUGACACUUUCCAUUUCCCAUAAUGUGUAGCCUAAUAGCUCUUGUCCUGUGUGGCCUAAUAAAGGGACUAAUAAAGACUUUACCAAUCAAAGAGAAGGACUAAUGACUGUCCCUGACUGACUAAAAACACUGCGCAGAGUUGGUUACAGUACCUCUGUCCAUAGCUGGUAGCGACAUUUCAACAUUCUACACUUUCAGACAGCUACACUCUCAACUUUUAAAGGCGGUAUUUUCUUGUCGCUCUUCUAUUCUUCAACUUAUACGCCUCUCUCUUUUCUGCAUUACCAUCCACUCUCUUCAUUUCGCUUCCCUUCCCUCUCUCCAUCCUCUCUCCUCUUCUCUUCCCCCUUGUUUUUCUCCUCUCUCUCGUCAGGCUUGACCAAAGAGGGCGGUGAAAUUACUAAUGAAAACGCAGAUUCCCUAGAGGAAAUCUUCGGUAUUUUAGCCGAGGGGGGCUCUGAUUGGUUUCAAGGCUUCUUCACGUUUCUCUAUGACGUGAUCACUCCUCCCGUAGAGAAGGUGGAGGAUCCAGAGAGUCAGACAGCAGAGGAGGAGGGUGAUGCUGGUACGUCCCAGAAUGGUGGUGGGGUUCAGGGCAUUAUAUUAGACCUACAGGAUCAGUAGUCAAAAGCUCCUGAGCGUUCCACUCCUAGCUUGCCAUCCAUGAGGAGCAGAAUGAGACCAGUCUACUGGGUGAGGUCAAAGGUCACCUCAACUCUAACUGGAGGAAAUAGAAAAUUGCGCUGGUCGUGUCUCUGUGAAAAGAAUGUCUGAGAAGAGGAUAUUAUGUUUUUGUCCUCCUCGACUUUGGCCUUGCUGCGAUGGUGCUUGCCAUUGGGAAUAUUGGCCUGGACUUUGAAGACUUUUAUGCUUUGCACUUUUUCUAAGCUUUUGCACUACUCAUUAUCGUUGUGAUGCACAUAUUCUUUGCACAUCUUUGUUCUGGCUGAAUUAAUCAUUUAUGUGCUAUUUAAAUCUUAAUUUUGCCAGUUAAACUGAAUUUCUCAUUUCUGCAUUUAGACCAUUGGUAAAAAGAAACAUGUUUUGAUUUGAAUGUAAUCAGUUAAUCUAUACUCUUAAAAGCCUUACAGUAAAUCCUUUUACUCUAAUCAGAAAUGUCAAUGAAUUAUUUUAUCUUUACAACCAUCCACAUAACAUGGUUCAGGCUUCUGAUAACGUUGUAUGUCACAGUUUAUGUGACUCAUAGUUUAAUUCACAAAAAAGUAUGUAAUGUAUAUUUUUAGCAAUGCAACAUUGGAUACUGCAGUACAUAACGUGUUUAUGCUCAAAAGCUUAUGUCAGCAAUGUUCACCUUUUGUUUGAUCAAAACAUGCUGUAUCUAUUUGCACUGUCUAUUCUAAGUCUAGCAGUCGUCUCUCUUUUCCCAGCAGUAGUAUGUUAAUUCAGUUUAGCACUAGGUCAAGGAUGACUACUUUGUCUAAAUUCCUAUGACUCAAUGGUAUUAGACCUACAUCUGGAAAGGACUGACACUGAGUGUGAUGUUGGCGAGAUGCUUGAAUGAUACACAAAUGCAAUGUGAAUGACCAAAUGACCACUGAAUUUGGGACUCUGCAACGUUUUGCACUUCUAUUUGAAGCAAGUGUGUGUGUGUGUGUGUAUAGGCCUACUUAACCAUUUUAAGUAGGCCUAUUGCAAUAUGCAGGCCUAGUCUAUUAAUAUCUGGACAUAAAAUAUCGGAACACUGCAUUUUGUUUAUUAUGUUGUGAGAUAAAAGUUUGAGCGUCUGUCUAAGGAAUAAAUAUGACUAUCACAGUGUUGAUGGAAUUAUUUUAUGUGUAGUAUCUACAAACAUGGGCACUAUCAACGAUUAUGGGCAUCGAUGAAUUGUUGUAUGCAUUUUGUACAGGACUGGAUCAUGACCAGAAUAAGUGACUUCUUUCUGUUUGAUAUCCUUUGAGCGAUUGUGUAAAACUUGCGGGAUGAUGCAGUGUGCACUCUUUUGAAAUGGCACGUACAGUCCCCUCCGACAUGGUCCAUGCUGUGUCUAAUAUCUUUUUUGGUUUUGUUUAUAUGUUAGACGAAAAAGAGGCCAAAGUUCCUGCUCCCAAAAAGGAAACGCUGAAAAAAGGUACUUCCUCCUGGUUGAUUGCUCCCUGUGUGUGUUGACUUUGGCCUACAUUUUGAGUUUUUUGCUGAACUCCCUCAUGACCCUGCAUAUUGCCUAGCAAAUGGACCAGUCCUCAAAAAAAAAAAAAACAUACUGUGUCACUGUAGCUAAUGGUUCUUCUUUCCUUUUACAUAAUUAGAGGACAAGAAAAAAGUAUCUUCCCUGAGAAUUUAUUCUCCAGAAUGAUUUUAUUCUCUUUGGGAAUAAAAGUGUCAUUUUUGUCUGUGUGUACGUGCGUACGUGUGUUUUUUAAGUUGGACAAUUGAUUUCGGGUGGGCAUGACAUGGUCACACUUUGUGAGAAUCAACUUUAUCUGGACUGUGGCUCUGUGGCCAUGGAUUUUAAACCAGCCCUUUGACAGACAGUGCAGUCAGGGAUCAGAGGUAGAAGACUUCAUGCGUGGAAAUAUUGUAUCACUCACGUGGUGUUUUGACCAAGAGGCAAAUCAUAGGCCACAACUUCAUGCAACACCUUGGUCAAAACUGUGAUUGAAAUUAGCUUUUGUUGCUUUUCAUUUUUUAGAGAGAGAGAGAGACAAGUUUUGUCUUGUGUGUAGCCAACCAAGGCCUGAGUUGAAACUUGUUUUUUUGUGGAAGUUGUUCAAUUGAGUAUAGAGUUUAGAUGAUUGUUUACCGUCAAUUUUAUAUUGCACUGUUUGUCUGUUUUCUCCGUCCAGAGGUGGCGGAUCUGCGCCUCUAUAAUCCUGCCCAAUUUAAGCUUUGAGCAUAAAUCCUCUUUUAUUUUUUAAGAUAAUUGGGUGGGUGCUUACAUUUGUCCUAUUUCACACAUGUGCAAAUUUGAGUUUUUUUUUGCAUAUCCCACUCCCCCUGAGUGUGUGGUAAGAGCCAGGGAUCAGCCAUUAUUGACGGUGACCCUGGAUCAAUUAGGGUUAUGUGCCUUGCUCAAGGGCACAUCAAUAGAUUUUUUUUACCUAGUCGGCUCAGAGAUUUGAAGCAGCAACCUUUCGGUUACUGGCCCAAUGCUCCUAACCGCUAGGCUACCUGUCAUUAGACUGAGGAUAAGACAAACUGCAGCUCCUACAGGCUUUUGUAAGGCAAAAUGACAUCUCAGUAGUGGAUUCAAGUUGUUCCCUGUUCAGAAUAGAUCUAAUUCUUUUUAAAAAAUAUAUAUAUAUAUAUAUAGUUUGGUUACUUUUGGGUCUUAUUGGACUUUUUCUAACAAGCCUACAUUUUAAAGGAUAAAAUAAGACCUAAAAUGUAGGGGGGGGGAAACGGUUCUAGUUUAAUGAAGGGGCAUAGACGGGAGUGUUUUGCCUGUGUUAUGGAAGACUAUGAACUAGGCAGCGGCACAACGUAUUUGAUGAACUUAAAUGUGUUUUCAGACACUUCUUCAUUUGACACACGUUUACUUUUGUUUCUGUUUGUCCUCUGAAAAAAUGUCAGCGGAGAAGAUUGUAGAGGUUCCUAUUCCAAAAACAGAAAAGCCAAAAGGUAGCCCACUUAUUUAAUGGUGGUGAGUCUGUUGUAUGAGUCAAUUCUUGUUGACCAUUGAUGAAGCUAAAAAGCUCUUCCUUUCUUAUAAAAAUAAAUAAAAAAACAAGCCUGUGGAUGCUAUGAAAAAAGUAAAACCUGAAGGUACUUUGACUGAUAUUUAGUUUAAGUCCAGUUUCAUUGAGUUUUACUCUGUCGGGAUGAAAAUGGUAAUGUGUGCUUGCAUAUGCGUGUGGUUUAUCAUGAAUUCAUUAAUAAAAUCAUCAGUCAUACUUUUGAAGACAUUGAGUUUUGAAUCUGUAGUGGUUGUUAUAAGGACACCUGUAUCAGACUAACUUUCUGUGGGGCAUGGACAAGGGUCAGAGGUACAUUGGCUUAAUGCUAAUGAUGUCUGUUGAGAAAUCAAGUAUAUUUAAUUAAACUAAAACCUAUGACUGUUGACACCUAUAUAAUGGAGACAACCUUCUGCUCCAGGUCACCUUAAAGCAAAUUUGUUUGCAUCCAGGACGACUUCACAUUGUGGGCUCCCGAGUGGCGCAGCGGUCUAAGGCACUGCAUCUCAGUGCUUGAGGCGUCACUACAGACCCCCUGGUUCGAUUCCAGGCUGUAUCACAACCGGCCGUGAUUGGGAGUCCCAUAGGGUGGCGCACAAUUGGCCCAGCGUCGUCCGGGUUUGGCCGGUGUAGGCCGUCAUUGUAAAUAAGAAUUAGUUCUUAACUGACUUGCCUAGUUAAAUAAAGGUUACAUUUUUUUUUUUUUUUUUUACAUUCGUUCUAAAUAUUCUUAUAAGAUUUUGAGUUAGCGGAUGAAGUGGGUGGCUAUUGUAAAGCUACUUGUUUGAGUAGUUGUUCAACGGUAGAGCUCACCAUUGUCUUACUUGUGAGUAGUUUAUAGGAUAUGUGGUCAUUUGUAGCCCAGUUGGUAGAGCAUGGCGCUUGUAACGCCAGGGUAGUGGGUUCGAUUUUCGGGACCACCCAUACGCAAAAUGCAUGCACGCAUGACUGUAAGUUGCUUUGGAUAAAAGCGUCUGCUAAAUGGCAUAUAUUAUGAAAACAUUCGCUCACAUAAUUGACAUUCACAUAUGCCUAACUGCAUAGAUGUGUUCUACCAUUUUCACACACACAUUGUAUUGCUAAUUACUGUGUUAUAUCUUUAAUCCAUUCCUAAACCAAAGGGGACUGGGGGCUACACUAAGUAUCCCUGCAAGUUUAAAGAUGCACUAUGCAGAAAUCGCUCCGCCAUUUCCUGGUUGCUAACAUAAUAAUAGUUAGCCUAAUUUCAGUUUGUGACAAAACAAGGAAGUGUAGCAAUAUUUUUUAGGUGUUCGAAGCUGGUGAACCAAACCCAAAAGUAAGACGCAAAAACAAAACUUAACCACGGGAAGCAGAGAAAUAGCGCACAUAGAACAGAUCUACCGCUUCUUAGACUUGCUUUAAAUGAGUGUCAGAUCUAUAACUCACAUUUCUAUGUCAAUUUGAUGGGUUGCCCGAAAGGUUAGGUAUUGCAGCUUUAAUGGUGCCUGAAUCCUACGGGUCUUACAGGCUAACUAUCAACCAUGGCUGCAAUUUAUUGUGAAGUAGCUCUAAUGGCCUUGGUGUUUUAUUACUGUUCUUCCUCUCCCAAAUCAGAUGAGAGUCCUGGAGAGGUGGCUUCUAAAAAGAACAGAACAAAAGGUAUCAGCAUGUUGCAUUUUUGGUUGUUAGACGAAAGUGAACUUUGUUGGUGUGUGGUUGUUUUACCUGACGUGCACUGACAACUGAUUUUUGUCUUUGCUUGCAUCCCUCUUGGUUAUAAAACAUGACAAAACGCUGUAUUGAUAAUGGAAUUGAAGAUUGAUUGAUUAUCCUAAUACGUAAUGUGUGUCAUAAUCUGAAUAACCUUGUUUUUCUAAUUUGAUUUGUUUGAUUUAGUGGUGUUGAAACGACUGGAGUGAGUUGUUAGGAUGAAUGAACUCUAUGAAGAGUUGUGGAAUCAUCCGCCAUGAGAUCUGCAGCAUGUUGAUUCACAUGUUGAACUCUAGUCCGGUCGGUGUGUGUUUUUAGCACUUCUUACCAUAGAUGUGAUGUAGUAAGAAAAUAACCCGGAGUGUGCUAACGUAGUACCAGCAAACACAAGGUGAGAACUGUAGAAGUAGAUCUCAACCUCACUAGCCUAUUGCUAUUGUCCUAAGGCAGGGUUCUUCAAUUCCGGUCCUGGAGGGCCGAAACACUUCUGUUUUUUAUUUCUACCUGGUAGUUAAUUGCACUCACCUGGUGUCCCAGGUCUGAAUUAGCCCCUGAUUAGAAGGAGAGGAUGAAAAACAGAGGUGUUUCGGGCCCUCCGGGACCGGAAUUGAAGAACCCUGUCCUAAGGCUAUUUGAUCAACUCUAAUAUGUGAUAUAUAUUGAAAUAGCAGGACGAGCACGUCAUCUAGUCUGGAUGCAGAAGUAUCAAUGCUGCAGAGGGAAGUCCUCAAACUCCAGAAAACUGCAGCUUGAAAUUGAGAAAUGAAUACUCAAUCAGGAGAAAAUAAAGAGAGCAUGGAAAUUAGAGUUUUAGUCGAGAAUGAACAUUUUAAGCCCGACCCAACCAGAGCCUGAGGAGAGACAGGUGGUCAAUGCUCUGCAGCUCGAAGCAUGAGGCAGCCCAGAAAGCCCAGGGAAUGUUACAGGCUGAACUCAGGGAGGAGAAAGUGAGGGAGGAAAUUGAACAAGAAGACAAAAGACAGGCUGAGAGUAUUCUUGCUAAAGAGGAGGAGGAGAGACAAUUGUCCGGAGUGCUGGAGCUCAAGAGGCAAGAGGUGGCCCAAAAGCCCAUGAAAUGCUAGAGGCUCAACUCGAAGAGGAAAGAGGGGCUGAGAGGAGAGCGCAGGAGCAAGCAGAGAAAGAAAGGCUAGAGAAAGAGAGCGUUUUUAAGUAGUUGAAGGAGGUAGAAGAAAAAGAUAGGCUGAAUAACUGUAGACUAUACAGUCGCCUCAGUUUCAUUUCCUAGACUGGUUUGGUUGUUACAAUAAAGCACUGCCAAACUAUAGCCUGCAUGUUGGAGUUUUUCUUCAAUUUCGUUAGCAAUGUUGUGAACAUCCAUUAGUGAUCAAUGGCUUCUCUCGUGCAGGUUUGAUGUUUUCAAAUGAUCAGAUAGCCGAUUGGUAAAGUGCAUGCAUGCGAAAGAGUCAUGGCAGAACCACAAUACCCAAUCACAGCAUGAUUUGGAUAGCUGAUUUUGCGAUCAACGCUAUAGUCCUUGCAUCAAGAGUGAUGUCUAUGAAUUUGAGAGGGGUACAUUUCCCUAGCUUCAUCGCUCCACUCUAUACCAAAACAAGUGUCAGGAACCCAUUUUGUUGUUUUUCGAAUUGCAGAAUGUAGCUUUAAUGUGGAACGUAAGAUGUAAAUCAACUAGACAGCAUUUCAGAGUUGCUUAGUAACUGGCAAAGCUGGAACUUUGAUAAUUUCUCCUAAAAAUCACAUUUUCAAACUAACCAUAACCCUAACUAUACUGCUAACCUUACACCUAACCCAAUUUAAUUAAGGAACGUUUAUUCUGGAUGUUUUGAAAAUAAACGUGGCGUGAAAUGUUGUAUUUUCAAAUCAAACUAUAUUGGGACACAUAACAUAAUAAUAAACCUCCUGGCAUGUGCCAUUGGCAGUGGGAAAUAGAAGGGGUGUUGACAUACUGCCCUUUUAAAACCCCCAGAGCACCCAACAAGAGAACUUGGUAGGAAAUUAAAGGCAGCAUUAAAGGAACAGUUGAGAAUGAUCCAUGAGAAGAUUGAAGCCCAAAAAAUUGCCGAAAUGGCUUUGGCUGAAGUGAGGAGUAUCCUGGCCAAAGAGGAGGAAGAGAGACAAUUGGUCAAUGCUCUGGAACUCAAGAGGCAAGAGGCAGCCCAAAAAGCCCAGGAAAUGUUAGAGGCUCAACUGGCUCAACAGGAAAGAGAGGGGGAGGAAAGAGAACAAGAAGAGAGAAGAGCACUGGAGCAAGCAGGGAAAGAGAGGCUGAAGAAAGAGCAAAUGGAGCAGUUGGAGAGAGAAGAGAAAGAGAGGCUGGAGAAACAGAGGGAAGCUGAGGAGAAGGCAGAAAAAGAACGAUUGGAGAAGGAAAAGGUAGAGAAAGAGAGGAUAGAAAAGGAGAAGGCAGAGCUGGAAAGGAUGGAGAAUGAGAUACUGGAAAAGGAGCGGGCCGCCAAAGAGAAAGCAGAAAAGGAGAGGAUUGAGAAGGAACGGGCAGAAAAGGAGGCUGAGGGGUAGCAAGGAACAGAAAGAGAGGUUGAGAAAAGGCAGAAAGGAGGGCUGAGAAAGAGCGGGUAGCUAAAGAGAAAGCAGAAAAGGAGAGGAUUGAGAAGGAACGGCAGAAAAGGAGAGGGCUGAGAAAGAGCGGGUAGCUAAAGAGAAAGCAGAAAAGGAGAGGAUUGAGAAGGAACGGGCAGAAAAGGAGAGGGCUGAGAAAGAGCGGGUAGCUAAAGAGAAAGCAGAAAAGGAGAGGAUUGAGAAGGAACGGGCAGAAAAGGAGAGGGCUGAGAAAGAGCGGGUAGCUAAAGAGAAAGCAGAAAAGGAGAGGAUUGAGAAGGAACGGGCAGAAAAGGAGAGGGCUGAGAAAGAGCGGGUAGCUAAAGAGAAAGCAGAAAAGGAGAGGAUUGAGAAGGAACGGGCAGAAAAGGAGAGGGCUGAGAAAGAGCGGGUAGCUAAAGAGAAAGCAGAAAAGGAGAGGAUUGAGAAGGAACGGGCAGAAAAGGAGAGGGCUGAGAAAGAGCGGGUAGCUAAAAAGAAAGCAGAAAAGGAGAGGAUUGAGAAGGAACGGGCAGAAAAGGAGAGGGCUGAGAAAGAGCGGGUAGCUAAAGAGAAAGCAGAAAAGGAGAGGAUUGAGAAGGAACGGGCAGAAAAGGAGAGGGCUGAGAAAGAGCGGGUAGCUAAAGAGAAAGCAGAAAAGGAGAGGAUUGAGAAGGAACGGGCAGAAAAGGAGAGAGUUGGGAAAGAACGAUUAGCCAAAGAAAAGGAGAGAGUUGAGAAAGAGCGAUUAGCCAAAGAAAAGGAGAGAGUUGAGAAAGAGCGAUUAGCCAAAGAAAAGGAGAGAGUUGAGAAAGAGCGAUUAGCCAAAGAAAAGGAGAUAGUUGAGAAAGAGCGAUUAGCCAAAGAAAAGGAGAGAGUUGAGAAAGAGCGAUUAGCCAAGGAAAGGGCAGAGAAAGAAAAGGAAGAGAGAGAAAGGGCGGAGAAAGAGCGUGUCACCAAAGAAAGAGCAGAGAAAGAACGGGUAGCAAAGGAAAAAACAGAAAAGGAGAGGGUGGAGAGAGAACGGGUAGCGAAAGAAGAGCGGAUGGAGAGAGAACGGGUAGCCAAGGAAAAGGAGAGGAUGGAGAGAGAACGGGUAGCCAAGGAAAAGGGGAGGAUGGAGAGAGAACGGGUAGCCAAGGAAAAGGAGUGGAUGGAGAGAGAACGGGUAGCCAAGGAAAAGGGGAGGAUGGAGAGAGAACGGGUAGUCAAAGAGAGAGCAGAGAAGGAGAGAGCAGAGAAAGAGCAACAAGCCAAAGAGUUAGCUGCUAAAGAAAAGGAGAGAGUGGCGGUAAAAGAACACUUAGUAAAAGAAAAGACUGCAAAGGCCAAGGUUGAGACAGAACAGUUACCCAAGGAGAAGGCAGCGAAGGAGAGAGCAGAAAAAGAGCGUGUACUCAAAGAAAAGGCAGAAAGGGAGAGAGUUGUGAAAGAGGAGAAAAGAGCCAAACAGGCAAAAGAGGAGAUGCCUGAGAAAAAUGCGAAUAACUUCACAACUACGAGCAAGAAGGAAAAAAUCUUGGCUGUAAAAGACCUUCUGAAGCCUAAAGCCACCAAGGUGAACAAGAAAUGA